GUGUUUCCGCUCCUGCGUUCUUCCACAACGUGCACUUCCUGUCAUUUGGCCUUCUAGUAGAGGACACCACAGACCAGCAUCUGAAACAUGUUUUCCAGAAUCGCCAGACCUUCUUUGGCUGUUUGCUCUUCAGCCAGAAACUUUUCUUCCUCAUCACAGAGUAAUGCAAAAGUAGCAGUCCUUGGAGCCUCAGGUGGUAUUGGUCAGCCUUUGUCACUGCUUCUGAAGAACUCACACAGGGUAACACAUCUCUCCCUUUAUGAUGUUAUGCACACCCCAGGUGUGGCUGCAGAUCUGAGUCACAUAUCUACCAAAGCAAAGGUGACUGGUCACUUAGGCAGUGACCAACUUGCAGAUGCUGUGAAAGGUGCUGAUCUAGUUCUCAUCCCUGCUGGAGUGCCAAGAAAACCAGGAAUGACCAGAGAUGAUCUAUUUAACACCAAUGCUGGAAUUGUAAGAGACCUGUGUGAAGUGUGUGCUGAAGUGUGUCCUGAUGCCAUUAUGGGAAUUAUCACAAAUCCAGUGAACUCAACUGUACCAAUCGCAGAGGAAGUUUACAAAAGAAAAAAUGCUUUUAAUGAAAACAAAAUCAACAUUUUUGGAGUUACAUCACUAGAUAUUGUUAGAGCCAACACGUUUGUAUCUGAAUUGAAGGGACUAGAUGUGGACAAAAUAAAUGUCCCCGUUAUUGGAGGUCACAGUGGGGUCACAAUUAUUCCUCUGCUCUCCCAGGCCACACCAGCAGUGUCAUUCCCACAGGAAGAAAGAAAAAAGUUAACAGAAAGAAUACAGAAUGCUGGAACCGAGGUUGUAGAGGCUAAGGCUGGAGCUGGAUCAGCAACCCUAUCAAUGGCAUUUGCAGCAGCCAGGUUUGCUUACAAAAUGCUUGAUGCCUUGAAUGGUGCUGACAACAAAGUGGAAUGUGCAUAUGUUAGAUCAACAGAAACUCCUGCUGCCUAUUUUGCUACGCCACUACUGCUUGGAAAAAAUGGUGUGGAGAAGAAUCUAGGAAUUCCUAAAACAAUUGAAUAUGAAGCACAAUUAAUAGAAAAUGCCAUGCCCGAACUACAAAGCAACAUCAAAAAGGGAAUUGAAUUCAUGAGCAAGUAGAAAUGAAUUACACUAUGUGUAAUCAUGAAACUGUUGACCAACCUCGUAACAUCAGCAUCUGAAUCUGAAAACAUGUCAUGCCAAGUGGAUAGUGCUAUGAACUCCCUUCUCCACUCAUGGCAAUUACAAAAUUUGCAAGAGGAAUUUUUUUUAUUUUCUGUGUAUGAGGAACUUUAAUUCUCAAAGAUUGAUUGUAGAAUUAUGUUUUAUAGAGUUUUGAAUGAAAGCUAUUGUUACA